CAACUCUAUUCUGCUCUCUACAGUCUACCAUGACAGACGUCCGUGCCCUGCUUAAAGCCAAACGCCAGGAAGCGCGUGUAACACAUCCACUUGCAUCUUAUACGACAACGGGACAAUUGCGAUGCUCCGUUUGCGGAACGAAUAUAAAGUAUGCAUCUGCUUGGGACGGUCAUCUCGGCAGCAAAGCACACCGUACAAACGUGUCUCGCGCUAAAGAAGAGGAGAGGGCUAGGGAACAGCAGCAGGCUGCACAGGAGGCUAAAGCCACUAAACGAAAGGCAGAUGAAGAUUCCCCUGGCGGAGAUGCAACCAAGAAGCAGAAAACCGAGCCUGCUACCACAACUCCUCACUUUUUCUCUGACCUAUCAAAAGCACCACCACCACCCCUUUCAGAUGAUUCGGAUGACGAAGAUGUCAACUUAUCUACAGUUACUCCCGCGAAGGAGUCGGGCCCACAUACUGUUUCCGUCACUCAACCAGAGCUUGACCAAGAGUGGAUCAAGUUCCAGCAGACGGUGAUUAAUGCGCCCGAUGCGCGCGAGACGUAUGACCGGGCGACUGUAUUUGCGGAACCAUAUCUCGCUUCUGACGUGGCAGAAGGUUUCCCGCCCCUGCAGGGUGAGAAGGAUCCUCCAGAAACUGAGGCUAAAUUAGACCCGGACGAGGAAAGGCGGAGGAAGGAUCAGGAUGAAAAGGAAAUGAUAAUGGACCGCUUAUUAGAUGAAGAGAGGGCGCAAGAAGAGGCGGACAUGAAAGUCAGUGUAAUGAAAAGUAGGUUGGAGGCAUUGAGGAUAAAACGAGAGGCUGCACGGACAAAGCCAAAAAUUACGGUGUAGCAAGGUUUUUGACAAUCAUUUAUUCUCCCGGGCCUGAUUGACUCUGAUCAUCUUAGGUACUAGGUGUAAUAUACCAUGAUUUAAUUGCACGGCGUACAUUUUGGCGUCUCCACAGUGCCACCGGGUGCUCCAUCCGAACCUACAAAUAUGAGCCUCGUCCACGCGCGCUUGUUCGCACAUUUAUUUUUAGCACGGGCUAUCACCCUACGCUUUCACUCAUUGCAAGUAAAUUCAGUGCACGAAUGUAGACUUCCACAUUCAAUCAUAGCUGGCAUUGCUUACACGAGUAGAUCCACGAGCAGAUCGUCUCAAAAACUAAUGCA